AUGGUUCUGGAGCUGGAUAGGGUCCUGAUGCUGCGCGCCGCCGUUCUCGCCGUCGUCGCCGGCUUCGCCGCCGCCGGAUUCAUCUCAAAUGACGCGCUCCAGUCGCACUCGCACGGCCGGAGCUUGCUGCAGGCCAAGAAGGAAUGCCCGGUGACCUUCGAGGGGGCCAACUACACCCUCAUCACGAGCAAGUGCAAGGGCCCCCUGUACCAGCCGGCGCUGUGCUGCGCGGCGCUCGCGGAGUUCGCGUGCCCCUACGACACCUACAUCAACGACCUCGCCACCAACUGCGCCGCCACCAUGUUCAGCCUCAUCCACCUCUACGGCAAGUACCCGGCGGGGCUCUUCGCCAAUACAUGCAAGGGGGACAACCUGGGGCUCAAAUGCCCUGAGGACGUCCCGCAGGUCCAGCCGGGCGAGGAGGGCAAGAGCUCCGCCGCCGUUGCUACUGCCGCACAGGGGGCACUCGUCGCGGCCAGCGCAGCUGUCAUGUCCCUGCUCAUUGUAAUGUCUUGAUCAGAGCCGGACGGUAGCUGUACGUCGCCAUGAUCAGAAGUCAUUCGUGUGUGCCGUGUGCUUGUGCGCUGGUUUCUGUUGCAUGCAUUAGUUUGUGGUCAUAUGUAAUUCUGGAUCCUGCACAGGGUGAUCAUUCACCGAUUAACAUUUUAACUUGUUCUUUUAACCGCUGUACAUUGUUACCAGAAGGGCUAGGAAUUUGGGCAGAGUCAGCUA